AUGGGUAGGCGCGGCGACCCGCAGGGCCAGGUGCAGGGCCUGCGAUUCCGGGGUCGCCGCAGCCCGGGAGGAGUGUGUCUGGUCUCCGGCCUGCCUGUGCUGUCCCCGCGCCCUGUCCACUGGACUCCCGAGACCCUCGGAACCCAGGACACCAUUGGAGAAACUGGUCAUUUUACCAAGGAUUUGACUGGAAUGGCAUGCUUCCUUUAAAGAAUUAAAGUUGACUUAUACAGCCAAUUAAAGCCCUUUGGGGAAUCUGGCCUCAUACCUUGUCCACAGAGUUCCUGUACAAGUUUCCUGACCUGUGGGAAGCAGCACAGCACCAGCUAGGCAGAGACGCCCCAGGCCAUGUCAGAGCUUUGAGUGAGGCCUGGUAACAGGGAGGCGCUGUCACCUACUGGCCUUGCCAAUCCAGCUCCAAGAUGCUGAGCCUGAAGCUCCCCAGGCUGUUUAGCAUAGACCAGAUACCCCAGGUGUUCCAUGAGCAAGGCAUCCUCUUCGGCUACCGCCAUCCACAGAGUUCUGCCACUGCCUGCAUCCUCAGCCUUUUCCAAAUGACCAACGAGACUCUCAACAUUUGGACUCACUUGCUGCCCUUCUGGUUCUUUGCAUGGAGGUUUGUGACUGCACUGUAUGUGACAGACAUCAAGAAUGACAGCUACUCCUGGCCAAUGCUUGUGUACAUGUGCACCAGCUGCGUGUACCCGCUUGUGUCCAGCUGUGCGCACACUUUCAGCUCUAUGUCCAAGAAUGCCCGGCACAUUUGCUACUUCCUGGACUAUGGUGCCGUCAACCUCUUCAGCCUGGGCUCAGCCAUUGCCUACUCUGCAUACACGUUCCCGGAUGCGCUGAUGUGCACCACCUUCCAUGACUACUACGUGGCCCUGGCUGUUCUGAACACCAUCCUCAGCACAGGCCUCUCCUGCUACUCCAGGUUUCUUGAAAUCCAGAAGCCCAGACUCUGUAAGGUGAUUCGUGUCCUCGCCUUUGCUUAUCCGUACACGUGGGACUCCCUCCCCAUCUUCUACAGGCUAUUCCUGUUCCCAGGGGAGAGUGCACAAAAUGAAGCCACCUCGUACCACCAGAAGCACAUGAUCAUGACCCUCCUGGCCUCUUUCUUGUACUCUGCACACCUGCCAGAACGCCUAGCCCCUGGACGCUUUGACUACAUCGGUCACAGUCACCAGCUGUUUCACGUGUGUGUGAUCCUGGCCACGCACAUGCAGAUGGAAGCCAUACUUCUGGACAAGACUCUGAGGAAGGAAUGGCUCCUGGCCACCUCCAAGCCCUUCUCUGUCUCUCAGAUAGCUGGAGCCAUACUUCUGUGCAUCAUCUUCAGCCUCAGCAACAUAAUUUAUUUCUCAGCUGCUCUGUAUCGGAUUCCCAAGCCAGAAUUACAUAAAAAAGAAACAUGACUCAGAUCAUAAGCUUUUCAUGCCAGAUGUCAACAUUAAGCUGCAACACCCUAACCACCAUAAGCCGGAGGUGGUUACAGCUUAUCAUGGCCUAAAACAUUCAUGAUGAUUGGUGUCUUUUGAAUAAAUUCAUGUCAAAAACGUA